CACUCUCACUCUCGUUCUCUCCUCGUCUCUUCCACCGGGAAGAGCCGGUGCUGGGUGCGCUCACACUCGGGCGCGCGAGCGCAGAGAGCGUGCGCUCUCACUCGCUCCGUACUCGCGCGGUGUCAUGGGCGCACGGUGGUCGUUGCGCUAUCACCGGGUGCUCCCUAUGCCGAUCCGACGUGACGGUGGAGCCUCAGCAUCAGCGUCGUCGUCGUCGUCAUCGUCGUCGUCGUCGUCGUUCGCUUACGCGCUCUAUUCGCGGGGUAGUUGUCGAGAUGAUCGUAUACGUCGUCGCUUCGCGGUCGUGCGGUAAUCAGUGAUCUGAGAUCACCUGAGGGUCAGUGAUCGGGAGAGGAUCGUAACAACCCUCUCGAAACGACGAUUAUACUCGACGUGAACGAAGAAGAGAACAGAGAGUAGCGAGUGCUCCUCGCGAGAAAAAAAAAGAAAAACUUAUAACGCGCGCGCUCUGUGUAGUGUUGCGGUACGGUGCGAUCUGUGCGGCACGCGGUACGGUGUGUCGUGGUCGGCGGCGUACGACAGCGAAGGAGCGAGUGGCAGUGCGCCCACUACCGAACUAGAUGUGCGUAAAUGGAAGGUAUAGGGGACAUAGGCGAUCAUCAAUCGCAUAGCGAGCAAUUACUGGACUCGGUCGAUUCCCCGGCGGCGGUGUCUACGCAUGGCCGGGGCGGUGGGGGCGGCUCGAAUGGGAACUGUGGUGGAGGAGGCGGAGGCGCCGGAGGAGGAGGAGGAGGAGGAGGAGGAGGAGGAAGUGGUAGCGGAGGUGGCGGUAGGGGUAUCGUGGUCGGUGGGGGUAGGCAUCAUAACCACCACCACCAUCAUCAUCACCAUCACAGCCACCACCACCAUCACCACCAUCAUCAACAGCAGCAGCAUCAGCACGAGGUCGUGCACGAAACGGGGGUUGGUAGGAGCGGUGGAGGCGGUGGUGGCAGUGGUAACGGGGGUGGUGGUGGCGGCGGCAACGGUGGUGGUGGUAACGGAGGAGGUAGCGUCGAGGGUAUGUCUUCGUCGGCCUCUCAAAGCCCCGACAUCGCGGCGAUGCAGCCGGAGCCGACGUAUCAGACACUGACCUCGGUGGCGGAGAGGAUGUCGCCGCCCGGUUUUAGUCCGGGCUCGUCGUACGCCACGCUGACACCGCUGCAACCGUUACCGCCGAUCUCUACGAUGAGUGAUAAAUUUGUUUACGGCGGUCACGCGGCCAGCGGCGUCACCGGUAGUUUCGCCGUCAUGCAGAACAACGGCCUGGGUAACAUCGGCCUCGGUAUGGGCGGUUCGCCAUAUGCAUACGACAAGCUACCUACGAUGGGCAUGUCGCCGCCGCACAAUUAUCCGUCGCCGGGCGCGGGACUGCAACCGAGUCCGCUCUCACCUCAGAGCGCGUAUAGCCAGAGCGGCCUCAAUUCGCCGCACAAGUCGUCCGCGAGUCCGCAUUACGACCCGGCUUUUCUGCCGCGGUUACAACAGAGUCCGGCGGCGCUUAGCCCGUCCUCGCCGCCAACUGUCUCGGCCACGGCGAGUUUCGCGCCAUCCCAUCAUUCCCCGCCUGGCACGCAUUCGGUGCCAAGCGCGCAGCAGCAGCAGCAGUCGAUGCCGCAGCAGCAGACGAUAUCGCACACGCAGCACGUGCAACAUACGUCGGUGGUGAUGAAGACGGUGUCAGCGGCGGGCAACGGCGGUGCCGGUGAGGUCGAGGAGAUCAACACGAAGGAGCUCGCACAGCGCAUUAGCGCCGAACUCAAGAGGUACAGCAUACCACAGGCGAUCUUCGCACAGCGGGUGCUGUGCCGCAGCCAGGGCACCCUCAGCGACCUGCUACGCAAUCCGAAGCCCUGGUCCAAGCUCAAGAGUGGUCGCGAGACCUUCCGGCGGAUGUGGAAGUGGCUGCAGGAGCCUGAGUUUCAGAGAAUGUCGGCCUUGCGGCUAGCAGCCCUGAGCAACUGCUCUGAGAGCGGAGGCGAGCCGGACGCCAUGCUGGACAUGCACCACCCAGGAACCGGGAUCGACUCGCACCAUCCGCAGUUUCACAACUCCUAUGCUGCACAGAUUCCACAACGCGGAACAUGCAAGAGGAAAGACGAGAUGGCGAACCAGGCAGAACACCAACAGCCCGCCCCCAAGAAACCGCGGCUGGUUUUCACAGACCUUCAGCGCCGUACUCUACAGGCUAUUUUUAAAGAGACCAAAAGGCCGUCGAAGGAGAUGCAGGUGACAAUCGCGAGGCAAUUGGGCCUGGAACCGACGACGGUCGGGAACUUCUUCAUGAACGCCCGACGCCGCUCCAUGGACAAAUGGAAGGACGAGGAUCCGAAGGCGGUCGCGGUCGAGGAGGAACAGUUGUCGCCCACGAUAGGGAUCGGCCAGCGCCAACCGAGCGACGUUUUGUGACACACGUCCGACCACGAGGAGUACCAUGACGAGUCACCCGACGAGGAGCUGCCCUUCUCGUAAGGGCGGCGUAUCACCUCGUGGACGUAUCCCUGCUGACACGCUCGAGCCUUAUAAACGACCGCGCGACACGCCUCGCAAAUUUUAUACUGGUCUUCAUAAGUCAUGUCUAUCUUUCUAAUAUCUCGGGAAUAUUGCUGAUAAUUGGCUAUUUCA